AUGAGCGACGCGGUGCAGGUGUACGCCGAGGCGUUUGUGCCUGCGGAUCCACGCACGAGCUUGCAGACGUUGCAGACGCGUGCGAAAAACGCGCGCAUUUUCCACGAACAGGUCGCCGACUAUUUUGCUGCACGCCGCGAGGCCGAGGAGGCGUACGUGCGCUCGCUGCAGAAGCUCACGAAGCGCUCUUUCCUUUCGGACACGACCUACCUGCCGGUGGAGUACAAGCCGGUGUACGACCGGCUCGUCGCCGAGCUCGCCGAGGCCGCACACGCCCACACCACGCUGGAGCGCCGCAUCCUUCGCGACUGCGAAGAGCCGCUGCGCGCCGCGCCCAACCACGGCGAGUGGGCCAAGAUCAAGCGCCAUGACGAAACGCUUGCGCCGAUCAUGAAGGAAAUCAACGCGCUCGAGUCGCAGCUCGCCAAGGACCAGAAAAAGUUUGACAGCAAGAAAACCGGCGCCGCACAGGCCAAGGUCACCAACACGCAGCAGUCGCUCGCUCGUGCAGUAGGGCAGUGGGACCGCCAUGCGCCGCUGGUCGCGGGCGCAUACGAGCGCAUGGACCGCGGGCGCCUCACGAUGCUCCGCGACGCCGCACGCCAACUUGCGCGGGUGCAGUGCGACUUCGCGAAGGAGACCUACGACAUGGCGCGCAACACGGGCCACACGGCACAGUCCUUUGAUCCGGAGCGCGAGGUGCUCGCAUUCGCACACAAGAUGCGCCCCGCGCCCCGCAGCGGCGCGCUGCGCGGCGCGCCGAGCGAGCCGAGCGAGCCGAGCGAGGCGCCGCACCAAGUGCCGCGCAUGCCGAGCCGCACGAGCAUGCGCCGCACCUCGCUGCCGCAGCUCCGCCGCACGCACGAUGAGCCGAUCGUGCCGCCAGCCAGGGACCAGGCGACGAGCUCGCCGCGCUUCUCUGUCCCGCUCCCGAGCGCCCUCUUCCACACCUCGCAGCCCCGGGCGAGCGAGAUGGCGCCGGUGCAAGAGACCCUCGACGAGGGCCCGGUCGAGGCGCCGCCGAGCGCGCCAUUUGCGCGCGAGUCGACCGCGUCGCCGUUCAGCCGCGAGAUGCGUGGCUCGCCGCAGGCGUUUGACCAGGCCCCGUACAACCGCGCGCAGUCGCCAUGGGAGCCGAGCCAGCCGGUCGACGAGAGCAGCCGCGCAGCGGACGGCGCUCGGAUGCCGUCGGACGCCGGGAUGCACUUCGCGACGCGCCGCGCCACGACGCAGUUCUCCGACGUGCCUCUGCCGGACGCGAACCAGGACGAGGCCGCGGCGUGGGAGCACAUGCGCAUGCAGCUGCGCAACUCGAGCAUCGGCGUGCCGUCGCCGCCGUCGGGCCGGCGCGACCGCAGCGAGUACCGCAAGACGAGCUACGAUCUGCUGGAAGGCGCGUCGCCCCGCGAAGAGGCCUGGGCGCCGCACGCCCCCCUGUCGCCGCCGCCGAUCGCCGCCGCCGCGGCGGCGCCCACGUCGGUGCCUGCGCCCGCGCCGCCGCUGGCCUCGGCCUUUUCGCCAGCUACGAUCUCUACGACGCAAAUGUCGCCCGUGGCACACGCCGUGCCCUUGUCUGCGCGCAUUGUUGAGCGCGUGAACGUGAUGUGGGUCGGCAGUGCGCUGACGCGUGUCAUGGUCGUCGGCGAGGUGCGUCUGAGUAUUCUGGCCGGCGCCGUCGAUGGCGGCCGCGCGCGCAUCGCGCUCAGCAACGCGGACCAGCUCGAAAAGGUUGCGGCGCACCCCGGCCUCGUGUACGAGGUGGUGGGCGCGCCGGACCUGUACGAAGUCGACCUGGCGGAGCUCGCCAAGAGCGGCAGCGACACGGUCGCGCUGCGCUACCAGCUGCGUGCAAGCGACGCACGCGCCGCCCCUCUCCUGCUUGAGCCCAAGUGGCGCUGCGAGGCGCAGCAGAGCUCGCUGCUGGUGACCUACCGCGUGAACAACGCGUCGCUCCUUGCGGAGCGUGCGCCCCACGCGGCGCUCAGCGGCGUGUACUUUAGCGUUGCGAUCCCGCCCGAGACGCCGGUCGUGGGCAGCGUGCUCAGCCAGCCGGUCGGCGACUGGGACCCCGACGCGCAGCAGCUCGCGUGGCAGCGCGCCGCGUCGCUCCCGCUGGGCGACGGCGAGGCGCACAAGAUCCUCGCGCGCUUCCCUGUCGCCGCCCAAGGCACGCCGCAGCCCGUGUCGGUCGCCUGGCAGCUCACGGCGCAUACCGUCAGCGAUGUGGGCCUCGAGGCACGCGCAGGCGCGCACCCCAUCGUCUUUGCGAGCGUCCACCGGGAGACGGUCGCCGGCAAGUACUUUGCCCAGCCAUAG